CUACUAUCGGCUAUUAAGCUGGUGCAAUAAAAGGGGGAGGGGGGAAGAAAAAUUAAAAAUAAGAAAAUCAUCAUGGCUACAUCAACGUUGCAGCUGGAAUUUUCACAGGCUAUGGCUGACUUCAAAAAGAUGUUCCCGGACAUUGACCGUGAAGUAAUAGAAGCUGUGUUGCGGGCCAAUUUGGGUGCAGUGGAUCAAACAAUUGACCAACUACUUGCUAUGUCAACUGACAACCAGAACGAAAAACUGCGCAAUGAACUGGAUGCUAAUGUCUCACCACAACAGAGUCUCAUCAAUCUUAGCGACACGGACAGAGAGCUGCGACGCAAUCAUCAGCAGCAAAUAAUCAUCGACGCUACAGAUGGAGGCCCAGAAAACACAGUUCCAGCCGUUACCUCAAGUGCUGCGCAAUUACUGAGCACAACAACAGCUUCGCCGAAUCAUCACAAUACGGGCGCUUCGCCCAAACAACGUCCGUUCGGAAAUUCAACUAAGGGUACUGGCAGCAACGCUAUUAAUACGCUCACCAAGCGCAACAUCAGUCACACCGUCGGAUUGUCCAACAAUAGCAGGAAUUGGAGUCCCCCUAUAUUAGGUGUCCUGCCACCUGGAUUUCUGCGCGUGGCGCCCUCUGGCGGUCAGCAAGAUUUCGAGUUGCCCGAUGAACAGUUCGCCCUGAUGCUACAGAAUGAGGAGUUUAUGAACCAGCUGCGAUGGAAUCAGGACUUUAUGAGUGCACUGGAGAAGGAACAGAGCGGCAAGGCUAAGGGCGAAGAUGAUGCGCCCUUCCAGGAGCGACUCAAGAACAUGGGAAAAAUGUCCCGUAAAAAGUUUCUACAAAUGGCGCGUGUUUUCACCUGGCAGCGCAAUAAAAAAGUAACAACUGCCAAGCAAAUCGAUUCGUUGCCGCUGCGUGAGGAGCAUAGCGACGAUGAGGAUCAUAAUCAACAACAACAACAGCAGUCUCAACAACAGCAGCAACAGUCACACCAGCAGCAACAGAGCCAGGUUCAACCCCAGGGUCAAUUACAGUUGCGUAAAUAGAGCUAAAGAUAUAAAAAUAGAGAUCUCUAGGGCUCCAUUGAUUGUUAUCUUACAUAUAUAGUAUAUCGUAUUAUAUUAUUUCAAUUGUACCAUACGUGCAAGAUCUUUACAACAGACAUAAGGUAAAUCUUAUUCUGAACACAUCUUACGUAGUAAUCUUCAUGCCAGAAUCUAACGAAAUCUAAAAUCUCGCUGCGUCUCGUCGUUACAUAUAUUUAAUAUAUAUAAUUCUAGUUUUAAAUUUCGUGUAAUAACCUAAAGUGCAAUUUUCAAAACACAAAUCCCCAGUGCAAUAAUUUGUUUUUCGACUAUUACAUAUUAAAUACUUUAUAUAUUAUUAUUGAUUUGCCAAUUUUCGUUGUUGCCAAAUUAGCAUAAAUUAAGUUUUAUUCGUAAUUUUUUAGGUGAUAGUUCUUUAACCAAGAGCUUGUGGAUAGCUGGACUGAUUCUUAAUGGGUUAAUAAAAGAAUUUUUAAGCAGCGCAAAAAGACUUAAAAAAAAAACAUAUAUAUAUAUAUAUAUAUAUAUAUAUAUAUAUAUAUAUAUAUAUAUAUAUAUAUAUAUAUAUAUAUAUAACAAAGACAUGUACAAUUAGAGCCCUUGAUGAAAUAUGAAAAAAACUAGUCAUAAAAAAAAAACACAUUUUAUGUACAGUUGAAAAAUAUGCAUUUGUGCUAUACUAUACCAAAAAUCUCAAAAUUUUAACAACAAAAGUUAUUAUAUAAUCAUUAAAUACUUGCUAGUUGGCUUCUAUUGUUGUAUUAAAGAAAAAAAGAGAAUAAUAAUACAAAAUUAAAUUAAAAAUAUAUAAAUUUCAGCGGUAAUCAAUGUCCAUAUCAAAUUAAUGAUAUUACUCUGUAUAACCCCACUAUAUAUGUAUAUCCAUAGAUAUUUUGAUGGUUAUGCAAAAUUUGAACUAUUUGAUUGUAAUUUGUAAUUGUACUUGUAUUAUAACAAAUUAUAUUAAUAUUCCAAGAAUAAAAUACAGGAACCAUUAUUUGAGAAUUGAAAAACAAAAAUAAUGACUCGAAUGUGUUAUAAAAAACGCAUUUUAUAUUUCUUACAUGAA